GCUGGCUCUCUGAAGACGACUGAUUGGGGGUUGCCAGGCGUGAGAUGGUGUCUGAAACUCAUGGAGCGGGGAAGACAAGGAAGGAAGAAGGCCAGUGGAUCCAGGGACGACAAGGAUGGCAGCCUCCCUCACAAUAACUUGGACAGUGAAAUGCAGUGGCUAACGGAGCACGCAAACACAAGUGAGGGUCUUGAGCAUGGCUUUGUGUACUCGCUUCCGCACGAGAGACCAGAUGCAGAACAAGGACAGCAGUGUCCUCCUGGACAAGAGCCUUUUAAGUUCAGGUGGCCUCUGCCUCCAGGGACCCCAUCAGGAAAAGAUGUUUUGGAGAGACUGCGGAUGAUUCAAAGCUCACAUUGCACAUUUGUUCAGCCGGGUACCUCUCUACCUGUAAAGAAAGGGACAUCCUUUGCGAAGGGUACACGUUUGGGAAAAACUAGUAGUGGUGGGUCAUUCAACCAUGACUCUGGUUCAACUGUGGUAACACCUAUGGGACCACCAUCUGGACCAGGUUUGGUACAAAAUGGGGGGUUCUCGCAGCGGCAGCAGCCUGCGGGCUCAUCUGUUUCUGGCAUGGCAAGCCAGGGGAUGAUGACAGGUCAGAUGGGAGCUGCCACAAGGCAUGACGCAGGUGGUGGUGUUGAUGGUGGGGGAGGGAAGACUUUCACCUCCUUUGGGGGAGGCGAUGGUGGUUGUCCCAGGCCGAGCAAUGGUGGUGGUACAAGUUCUGCACCUGGAUCAGGCACUGGGUUUUCAGUCCCAUUCCAGUCCUCAUUCAUUGGGCGUGCGCCAGGUGGUGUUGGAGGGGGUGUGCGAGUUGUGGCUGACGCAUCUCAAAGCAGUGGAGAUUACCGUGGUGCAGGACCCGGCAGCAAUGACCUUAGGACGGGAGGUCCGUGUGAGGCAGGUGGCACCCAGUCAGAUGGGAUGCACAGACACUCUGGGAGUAUGAGUUGGGGUGUGCAGGGGGGAAUUGGAGGAGGGAGCAGGGAAACCAAUGCUAGUGGGAAUGACGUGGAUUUGAUGGACGACGACGACGAUGCAUUAUUGGAGAGUUUAGAUAUCGAUCAGAUUGUUGCAGCUCAUCGGGAGAAGCAGAGUUCGCAAGUCACCCCUAUACGUGGUGCUGAUUUCCGUACGUUGGGAAGCCCCGAGCCGAACAAGGAACAAGAGUGCUCCACCAGAGGACAGCCUCAGGAGUGCAGCACGCCAGUGCAGCGGGUGCCUGAUCUUGAGUGGAUUUGUUCCCAUGGCACACAAGUGUAUCUUUGUGUGUCAUUGCCAGAACACCUUAAGGAGCUCAAGGACCAGCUAUUGGUUGUCCUUCAAAAGAUGGUAGAUAAUGCCAAUGACUUAAGCCCCAUGCGCUCAGAAGAACUGCGGAAGGAGAGAGCCACUUUGACGAAGAGGAUUGCAGCAAUUGAGGAGAGGUUAAAAAUGGCCACCCCUGAUGAUGAGCGAAGGCAGUCCCAUUACACGGCUGGUGCUGGACUUGGCAUGGCUUCACCUUUUGUAAGGAAUGGGCCUUGGUCUUCUAAUGGGCCUAUUAGAGGGGAAGAGAGUGGUGGUGUAGGGAGAGUAGCUGGAGGAGUGGGGACAGGUGGAAAUGUGCCUGGUGGAUCGAGCUGGCAGUCACAGGGCUUUUCAAAGAAGCUGGCAGAUGCAUCAACAUCACCGGUACCCCCACCUCCUGUUCCUCCUUCCCCACCCGCAAUUCCACCAUUUCCACCUCCAACACCGCCAUCAAGUGGAUAUGGUUGGGAUGGUGGCGGAUUUGCCGGGCCAGCGGGCCGGCCAGAUUAUGGAGGGGGAGAGACGUAUAGGGGUCCUGAGGUGCAAAGGGGAGAGGACGGCAGGCGGAAAUUCAUUGAUGUUACAUAUCACGAGGGCAAUGUCAGCAAGGAGUGGAGCCGUGACUUCUCUUGGUCAACAGAAAUUCAGAUCAUGAAUUGGAAGCAUUUUGGUAACAGGUCGUUCAGACCGAACCAGCGUGAGGUGAUCAAUGCAACAAUGAGUGGGAGAGACUGCUUUGUCUUGAUGCCAACAGGUGGAGGAAAGAGCCUUACCUAUCAGGUGCCUGCAGCUUGCAAUUCGGGCGUUACCCUGGUGGUGUCACCUCUUGUUUCGUUGAUUCGUGAUCAGAUUAUGCAUCUGGAGGAGGCGAACAUUCCAGCAGCCUAUCUGAGUGCUAAUCUUACUUGGGAGGAGACUCUGGCUGUGCUCAAUGGCAUUUCUGAGCCUGAUCCCAGGUACAGGCUGCUUUAUGUGACACCGGAGAAGAUUGCAAGGAGUAAUUCACUUUUUUCCACACUAGAACAGUUGUAUCGUCGGGAUAUGCUUUCUCGGAUUGUUAUUGAUGAAGCACACUGUGUUAGUCAGUGGGGUCAUGAUUUUCGACCCGAUUACCAGGGACUGAGAGUGCUGAAGGAGAAGUUUCCUAAGACUCCGGUGCUAGCACUGACUGCAACUGCAAGCAUGACUGUCAAGGAGGAUGUUGUGCAGGUCCUUGGCCUACGGAAUUGUGUUCUUUUCAGGCAAAGCUUCAAUCGACCAAAUCUGAGGUACGAGGUGCGGCAGAAGACAAAAAAGUGCUUCGAAGAAAUUGACAAAUUUAUUCGAGCCAACUACCAGAAUGAGUGUGGAAUCAUUUAUUGCUUGUCAAGAAAUGACUGUGAGAAAAGUGCUGAGAUACUGAGGAAUAUGGGCCAUAAGGCUGCCUUUUAUCAUGCCAACAUGGACCCAGCAGAGAGGGAUCGAGUGCAGCAGCAGUGGAGCAGGGAUGAGGUCUACAUCAUCUGUGCAACUAUUGCCUUUGGCAUGGGAAUAAACAAGCCAGAUGUGCGGUUUGUGAUCCAUCAUUCCCUCCCAAAAUCCAUUGAGGGCUAUCAUCAGGAGUCUGGACGCGCAGGGCGAGACGGGCAAUCGGCUACAUGCAUUUUAUACUACAGUUAUGGUGAUUACAUCCGAUUGAAACAUAUGCUCACAGCAGAGCAAGAAAGAAGUUAUGGCAACAAGAGUUUUUCGGAAGGGUCUACUGCGCAGGUGGCCACCAAUCUGGAGAACCUGUUACGGAUGGUGUCAUAUUGUGAGAAUGACGUGGACUGCAGACGGACGAUGCAGUUGGCAUAUUUCGGCGAGACUUUUGAUGCUUCGUCUUGCAAGAAGACAUGUGAUAACUGCAGCAAGAAUGUGACAUAUACCGAGGAGGACAUCACAAACGUCGCCAAGGAUAUUGUUACACUCGUCCUGCAGACUAAGGAACGGCACACGCUGCAGCACUUGCUCGACAUUUUCAGGGGAUCCCAAAAUGCUCAGAUUAAGAAGUUCAAACAUGACUGCCUCGAACUGCAUGGAGUUGGCAAGAAGUACCAGAAAACAGAAGCGGAACGGAUCCUCCGCCGGCUUGUGUGCGAGAAUGUUUUGCGAGAAGAGGUUUCAAAAUCGGAUGCGUAUGGGUCUGUCUUCUCUGUGCUCAAGGUGAACUCUGCAAAGGCUGCUGAUCUCGAGAAUGGAAAGCUGAAAGUCUUCAUCAAAUUGCCUGUGAAGAAGGGCGAGCUUUCAACACCUACUCUGAAGAAACCAAUCAAUUCUCCAGCUGCGUCAUCACGACAGUCAUUGGGAGGUUCUCCACUGCCUACUGACACACCUGUGAACACAAUGGCAGCACCACCUACUCCUGUCAAUCAGGCACUUUCAGCAAAAGUGUAUAAUGCACUGGCUCAACUACGCACUGAGAUUGUCAACACCUCAGAGGGGAAACCUGGGAAGGGCCUUAUGCCGUAUCAUAUCUUCCAGAAUGCUGAAAUGAGGAGCAUAAGCUUAAAGCUCCCCAAGACAAUGGAGGAGCUUGCGGAAAUCAAUGGGUUCGGAAAAGUAAAGUGCAACAAAUAUGGUGAGCGCAUUUUACAAGUGGUGCGGAGGAUUUCCAGUGAGGAAUCGGAGAGCCGAGAAAGCGAAUUUGUUUCCCCUGGUAAGAGGCCAAGGACUAGCUUGCCGGAUGACGGUCAAAGGCCCAUAAGCACUCCCAGACCUAUGAGUACUCCCAGAACUGUGAGCACUCCUCGAAGUCGUAACACUUCGGUACCCGUGAGCAAUGGGGCGAAGGCGGGUCCACACAUUCUGUCUUCUGGUGUAAAUGGUGCAGCGAGUUUUGACGUCGGAUCGGAAGCUGACGACUUUGAAUUUGACUUCGAUGAUAGCUAUGCGAACAGCUCAGCAUCGGUAGGGAAGCGCAUGCGUACCGACUCUUCCUCCGGGGUAGAGCCGGCACGGCGGAGCGGGAGCAACUUGAGCGGGUCGGACAAUCGGGGGGCUAAGGCUUUCCCCCCUCCGCCACCAGUUCCAGCGUUUUCAGCGCCCGGAAAUCGUCAGAGUGAGGGUGUGACCGCCUCCGCAGCAGGUGGCGAGAAGAGGUUCAGCAAUGGUGUGUUUUCUGCAGGUAGCAACACGCUCAGAGCAAAUGGCGGCGGGUGGGCUAGCCGCCAGUCAUCAGCGGCAGGCGCACAGGGGCAAAGUCAGGCAACUGUGACCAGUCCUACAAGUGAAAGUUGGAAUGGGUUUGCAUUUACGAAGAAGGGCACAGGCUAGCAUAGAAAAACUGUCGCAGGAAAAGUAAGUACCUUAUGCUCUCACUGCUUCCUAUGGCCUAUGGAGAUUGUGGCUGUGUACAAGAGGCCACAUAUACUUUUGGUAAAAAGCAAAGCUGGCCGCCAAGCGGACCUGCUGCGGUGGAAGGCAUCAGUUUGACCGAAGAGGCUAAGGAGGGGUGGGCGGUUGUUCAAAAGAGAUAGUAAAGGAUGCACUGACGA